CGCUGUUUUACGAAACCGGAAGAACAUGAUUCCAUACGGACGUUGAGUUGUACAGUCAAUACCCAGCACCUGACAGGUGAAAGUCCAACAAGCUGUAGGGAAACUCUGCAUAGAAGACCCUGCCACCUUCGUGAUUGAAUAUCCUACAAACGAACCAGCUGGAAUUUAAAUUAAAAAAAACAUACCCUGGAUUUGUGAGGCUCUUGAAAUCAGAUACUGUGUGUAGCGAAUGCACAUUCGGAUUAUUUGAUUAUUCGGAUAAGCUCACCACAGCUGAGGGUCAUUGGUGUUGAUUGGGCUGAUUUGCCAUUCCAAGUGAAACUCUGAAGAAACAGCUGCUUGGACAUGUGAUCGAUCAUUGCACAGUCCAAGAAAAGCAGCAAUCAUCACACAUCCAGCAAGUCUUUCUUCUCUUGUUUCAUUCGGAAUGCUAAAUUAGCCCCAUUAAACAACAGUGACCCUUACCUGAUUGUCAGCGCCUGAUUUCAGCGGAGAGCACAUUUUUUGUGUUUCCAAUGGAAAACCAAGAAGAGCCUUCUCCAGAGCCACAAACAGAAAAGGAAAAUCAGAAGCAGACAGUUCCUUCCAAUACCGGCAGCAACCCCACGGCUGAGCGGGUCUGUCGAUUCUACUCGCAGGGAAGACAUUGCCACUUUGGGAGAAGAUGCAGAUUUCUCCAUCAGUGGGUGGAAGCAAAAGGGAUUUUGAAAGGAGCUGAAAACAAAACCGAUAAUACUUUAAGCAUCAAUCCCACUGAAGAUGGGAAACUUAACGAUUCUGCAAAUACGGUUCUUGAAUACCCCGAGCAGGUUCAAAAUACAGGUCAAGUGUCGACCGUCAGGGAUUUUUCAAGCAAGUGCGACCAGCCGUCUUUGAACAACAAAGCUUCUUCAGGUAGAAAAGAAAGACCAAGGAGGCCAUGUCGCUAUUUUUUGUCUGGCAACUGUGCCAUGGAAGACAGGUGCCGCUUUUGGCACCCGGAACAGCUGCCUUCCCUUAAAGAUGACUCGGAUCAGAGAGAGAGAGAAAGAGGUACUACUGAAAGACCAUGGCCUCCAAUAGUGCGACCCUCUGCGAUCCGGGAGGAGGUGAAGUUAAGUGAGUUCACUGAAGAGCUGUCCAAGCAGCUACGAGAAACUGAGAUCAACCAACUGAGUAAAAGGUUCCCGAAGGACAGACUGAUUGUCCAAGAGCGAGAAGAUGGCAAAGUCACCUAUUAUCGAGUUACUGUUCAACCUACCGAUCCAGAUUGGCCCUUUGACUUGAAAGACAUAGACAUCAUGGUUAGCUUCCCAGACGAGUACCCACUACAAGUGUUUUCUUUGGAAAUCCCAGAGGACCAAGAUUUACCAUCUAUUAUGGGGAGGCAUGUAUGCAAAGCAUCAGAGGAGUGGGUGCAAGCUAAACAUGCCACUAAUGAACUGAUGGGGAAGGUGGAGCUUCUGUUCCGCCCAUUUCUGCGAUGGCUGGAUCGCAAUUUGGAGAAGCUUUUUACAGAAGGAGCCAGACUGCUGAAGAGAGAUAUCGAGGCCGAGCGAUCUGGCAUAGAGUUUGUUCCAUACGAGCAGCUGAAAGUAACGUCUCCCUCCUCCACUGAGCGCACAGCAGACCCCUCAGAGAGCUGCGGAGAAGAAGACAGUGAUGCAGAUAGCCACAGUGACUGUGAAGGGGAACAGGAGGAGAGCUGUGGGGCUGAUGGUCCCUCCUCUGGGGUUGAUGGUGAGGGAGGGGCUACAAGUCACUGUGUGGAGAAUGUGAAGAGCACUGAACCCAGGAAGGGUACGGAGGUGAAGCUGAUGGGUCUGCAUCUGGGUGAAGGGACAGCCACAGUGGUGGCCAGUCGAAUCACUGUAUCAUUACAGUGCAGCAGGUGUAAGAUUACAGCCGACCUGACCAUGGCAAGGGAUCACCCCUACACAGCCCAGUGUGAGAAGUGCAGUGCACACAUCAGUGCCACUUUUCGCCCCAGCAUGCUGCAUCAUUACUCUGCUGUCCUCGGCUAUCUGGACCUGAGCGCUGCUGUCCCAGUGGACCUGGUUCUGCAGGACUGUGAGCUUGUGGUGGGCUGCCUCAGCUGCUCCAAGGAGGAGCCAUUGCAGAACGUGCUGUACGGUCAGAACAAAGAGUUCAACUGCCUGCAUUGUCACAGCAAGCUGAGUAUACUGGUGGAGACGACCCGAUUUCAGUACCUCCAGCCACGCUCCAGAAACGAAAGAGGAGACAAAGGCUCUCUUCAGCAGAGACCGAAGUUUCACAGAGACCCUGCUGUGCAGCCUGGGAAACCACUCCCUCAAAAAGGAACCUGCAGACAUUAUAAACAGAGCUACCGCUGGCUGCGGUUUCCUUGCUGUGGGAGAGCGUACCCUUGUGAUACGUGCCACGAUGAAGACCAGAACCAUGAGAUGGAGCUGGCCACCAGAAUGAUAUGUGGCUACUGUGCAAAAGAGCAACCCUAUACCAGUGGGAAGCCCUGUAUCUCCUGUGGGAGCAUGGUGAUAAGGGGACCUCACUCCAGUCACUGGGAAGGAGGCCAGGGAUGUAGGAACAAAAUUAAAAUGUGCAGGAAUGACCGGCAAAAGUAUGCAAAUACAGGAAAAACUGUGUCCCGUAAAUCAGCAAGCCAGCAAAAGUAAAAGGAAAAUGGAACGGAAGAAUUCUGCUAAAAAAAAAAUGUUUUUCCUGAAAUUAACAAUUAGGAAAUGCAUAAUAAGAACAGUGACUUCAAAUACAUGUUGGUUUGUGUCCAAAAUAAAUAAAUAAAGAAAUAAACAACGAGCUUUAUGAACUAAA